CACACAUGUGAAUUUAGUCGCGUAGUCUUAACGCGGAUCGGCCACAUGGGUUCAUUUGAUGCUUAUGGUCCGAAUUCGCAAGCCUUAACGUUCUUCGACCCUGAAGAGAAUGAUUUAAUUGGAGGAGAUACACAGGGACCUGAUUAUGACUGUUCUGAUUUCACUCUGCCUUCACAGUCUCAAACACAGGCAUCUCAACUUGACCCUGAUAAAAAUUGCUUCUCUCAGCAGCAUGAUGGGUACAACACCAUUGAUGUACUGUCGCAACGUGUUGCUGACUUGGACUUCAAGGAUGAGGACAUAGAUGACUCUAGUGUCGACUUACCAGAACACGCUUGUGCUUACUGUGGUAUUCAUGACCCUGCUUGUGUAGUAUUUUGUAACACCACGAAGAAGUGGUUUUGCAAUGGUCGAGGCAACACUUCAGGGAGUCAUAUCAUCAAUCAUCUUGUUAGAGCUCGUGCAAAAGAAGUUACUUUGCACAAAGACGGACCUUUAAAAGAUACUCUAUUGGAAUGCUAUGUAUGUGGGUCUAAAAAUGUAUUUCUGCUUGGUUUUGUGCCGGCGAAGUCUGAGUCUGUCGUCGUGCUUCUGUGUCGUAACAUCUGUGCUAAUGCCAACAAAGACAUGUACUGGGAUCCUGCUCAGUGGCAACCGAUAAUUCAAGGACGUCAGUUUCUUGCUUGGCUUGUGAAAGUUCCAAGUGAUGAACAGCAAGCAAAAGCUCGUCAGAUAUCGGCUCAACAAAUAAACCGACUGGAAGAAAUAUGGAAAGAAAAUCCUCAGGCGGCAGUCGAGGAUCUAGAAAAACCCGGUGCAGAUAACGAAGUCAACCCAGUGCUGUUAAGAUAUGAAAAUUCACAGCAGUAUCGGGAUGUAUUCAUACCUUUAGUGGAAUUAGAGGCUGACUACGACAAAAAGAUCAAAGAAUCGCUGAAGUUGGAGAAUGUUUCCGUUCGCUGGGAAACUGCCCUUAACAAACGCCGGGUGGCUUACUUCCGGAUUCCUGGUGCUAACGAAGGCCCAGAACUGCGUAUUAUGCAUGGGGAUGAAUUGAUCAUUCGUCAAUUUAACAGUCCAAACGACUAUUUGGUUGGUGAUGGUCAUGUUAUCAAAGUGCCUGACAAUUUCAGUGAUGAAGUCGGUUUGGAAAUGAAACAAGUCAUUGAUACACCUCUAGAACCUGUGACGUACAAAAUCGAAUUUAAAUGGAAGUCAACUCCAUUCGAUAGAAUGCGACGAGCGAUUUCUGUCGUUACCGACGAACAACACGGUUUAUUACCACCAUAUAUAUUCUACCGAUUGCUUGGCCAAGAAUUAGAUGAUAUGGUGUUAAAAUGCAACUUACCUAAACGCUAUUCUGCACCAGACUUACCGGAACUAAAUCACAGCCAAGUGUUUGCCGUCAAAACAGUUCUCCAACGUCCACUUAGUUUGAUACAGGGUCCACCUGGAACGGGUAAAACUGUGACGUCUGCAUCAAUAGUUUAUCACUUGAACCAAAUACAUCAAAAAAAGGUAUUGGUUGUAGCUCCUAGCAACACUGCAGUCGACCAGUUGUGCGAAAAGAUUGAUCGUACCGGAUUAAAAGUUGUGCGCCUAUGUGCAAGAUCUAGAGAAGCUCUAGCAUCUCCUGUCAGCCGUCUUAUGCUACACAUACAGGCCCAAAAUGUGAAAGGUCAUACUGAACUCCGAAAGUUACAACAAUUGAAAGAUGAGACUGGUGAACUGAGCCAGGAUGAUGACAAACGUUAUCGAAUUCUAAAACGGGAACUUGAACGAGAACUCCUUAUGGCAGCUGAUGUAGUUUGCUGUACAUGUGUAACUGCUGGUGAUGCACGUUUGGAGCGCUUAAGUUUUCAUUCCGUUUUAAUUGAUGAGUCUACCCAGGCUACUGAACCAGAGUGUCUAAUACCAUUAAUGGUAGGAUGUCGCCAGGUUGUUCUAGUUGGUGAUCAUUGUCAGUUGGGACCUGUAAUUACGUGUAAAAAAGCUGCUAGCGCCGGAUUAACUCAGAGUUUGUUUGAGCGAUUUGUUCUGCUGGGUAUUCGACCUAUACGUCUACAGCAACCACUUUGGAACCAGCUGUUACACUUUUAUCGUGAUCAGCAUUUACUCGUGGAGGGACCCUUAAACAAUCUAGGUGAAUACAUGUUACAGUUUCCUAGACCCAAAGUUCCGUACACUUUCAAACCUGGUGGGCAUUAUCUAGCACAGCUAUCCGCAAAUCCCGCAUUAUUAAAUAGCAGUCAGUUAAAUGGGCAAUUGAAUACACACCCCGGAAAUCAAUUUAAUUAUCUUUCUCAUGUCUCAAAUCCGUCUCAACCAUGUUUUGAUAAUCCUAAUGGACCAACAGCCUUAGUAGCAGCUAUGGCGGCAGCAGCUGCUGCGGCUUACUUUGGAGGAUCUGGUUCGAAUACACGCCCGAAUGUCUCGACCUUAGGAUUACAUGGGUCGUCAGCACUCAACCAACCUGGAGCAAGCCAUGCUGCGGCUUAUGCUGUUGCGGCUGCUGCAGCUGCUCAACAUCAAUCAAGUCAACCGUAUUCUAGUCAAACAAAUGGUAGUUCCCAUAGUAUGCAUCAACUAUUAAACCAGUCAUUAUUUGACCAGGUUGGGUAUAUAGGACCAAAUCGACAAUAUGCAGAAGCCAACGCCAGUUCAAAUCUUCCUAUGCCACUCAGCAUGUUGAUGCCUGCUGGUCGAAUAUCGAAUCCCACCAACGCGGCAAAUCCGUUCGCCUCUUCCGGUCAUUUUGGCAAUGGAAAAUAUGGCACCAACCUUGGGGCAACUGCGCCACUUGGUAGAUCGAUACAAGCUUUGGGUCCACUAAACGUGCAUCCCAACUACUCACAAUUAAAUACGGGAAGUACAAGAGCACCCGGCGGUCCUCUUCCUGGAAAUAAUGUGGUUGGUUCUGCAGCUCCUCGGUAUCUUGGAAAUGCACGUCGAAAUUUACAAGCUGGUUCACAAAAUGCUUCGGUUGGUGCCUCAAAGUCACGUCAAAUUGAUGGGCCCAAUAGUCUGACCAACAUUUCUGUGGAACGUGGUAAUACUAAUACUUCCAACUCAGGUGCUGGUUUGCUUUCUCAGCCUGGCUUGUCAGAAUUUUCUGGAACUCAAGGCACAUCUGGUCUUAGUAACAUGGGUGUAUUCAGUAGUCAGUCGCGUAAUUCAGGACUUUCCGGUUUAUCUCAGGAGAGCACUUCGUUGGACUUUCGUCUUGGUCAGGGUGCCAGUCAAAUGGACAACUUGCUUCUUUCUCAAGAUUCUACAUUUCAAGGUGCAACUGUACCUGCGAGCAAAGUGAAUUCACAAAGGGGAUCAAAUUUGUUUGCUACCGGAAGCGAAGAUCAUACCAACAUAAAUUUCGAUUCUGGUCUGGUUAAUGGGACCGAUCUAGAAAAUAUUGGUGUCUCUCAAAACGCAGUCAGCUGUGCGAGCAGUGGUGCACCGCUCUCGCAGUUUUAGGGAUCUCAUCCGGCUUAACUUUGGGCCGCGUAUCAAUGAUCAUCAACGAACGUAUAGUUUCUCAAGGGUGUCUGUCUACAGACAUCUGCAGCGACGACGGAAUAAAUCGAUUAUUCGGAGUGCAUCACUUGGAAGUACAAAAAAUUUAAAAACCAACAUGCACUCCGAAGGUUGCACUACUUGUUUUUAACUCAUGACUAUACUAAUUCGUAUUAAUAUUUGGUUACAAGGUGUUUACUUUCGUUAUAAACCCUUCAAUAUACAAAGCUUUUAUUCUAC